CCUCCCGAGAGUGGCGCGGGACAGCCGGGCGGGCGUGGAGCUGUCUGCACGAAAGGACUUAGAUUCCAGAUGGCAAAUUCCAUGAAUGGCAGAAAUCCUGGUGGUCGAGGAGGAAACCCCCGCAAAGGUCGAAUUUUGGGGAUUAUUGACGCUAUCCAGGAUGCAGUUGGACCCCCAAAGCAAGCUGCAGCUGACCGCAGGACUGUGGAGAAGACUUGGAAGCUCAUGGACAAAGUGGUAAGACUGUGCCAAAAUCCCAAACUUCAGUUGAAAAAUAGCCCACCGUAUAUACUUGAUAUUUUACCUGAUACGUAUCAGCACUUGCGACUUAUACUGAGUAAAUCUGAUGACAGCCAGAAGCUUGCUCAACUGAGUGAGAAUGAGUAUUUCAAAGUCUACAUCGAUGGCCUAAUGAAGAAGUCAAAGCGAGCCAUACGACUUUUUAAGGAAGGCAAGGAGAGGAUGUACGAAGAGCAGUCGCAGGACAGACGGAACCUCACAAAACUGUCCCUUAUCUUCAGUCACAUGCUGGCAGAAAUCAAGGCAAUCUUUCCCAAUGGCCAGUUCCAAGGAGAUAACUUCCGGAUCACCAAAGCAGAUGCUGCUGAAUUCUGGAGGAAGUUUUUUGGAGACAAAACUAUUGUACCAUGGAAAAUCUUCAGACAGUGCCUGCAUGAGGUCCAUCAGAUUAGCUCUGGCCUAGAAGCAAUGGCUCUAAAGUCAACCAUUGAUUUAACUUGCAAUGAUUACAUCUCAGUUUUUGAAUUUGAUAUUUUUACCAGGCUCUUUCAGCCCUGGGGCUCUAUUUUACGGAAUUGGAAUUUCUUAGCUGUGACACAUCCAGGAUACAUGGCAUUUCUCACGUACGAUGAAGUUAAAGCACGACUACAGAAAUACAGCACCAAGCCUGGAAGCUACAUUUUCCGGUUAAGCUGCACCCGGCUGGGACAGUGGGCCAUUGGUUAUGUGACUGGGGACGGCAACAUCCUGCAGACCAUACCUCAUAACAAGCCCCUAUUCCAGGCCCUGAUUGAUGGCAGCAGGGAAGGCUUUUAUCUUUAUCCUGAUGGGCGAAGUUAUAACCCUGAUUUAACCGGAUUAUGUGAACCUACACCUCAUGAUCAUAUAAAAGUUACACAGGAGCAGUAUGAACUGUACUGUGAAAUGGGCUCCACCUUCCAGCUCUGUAAGAUUUGUGCGGAGAACGACAAAGAUGUCAAGAUUGAGCCUUGUGGGCAUCUCAUGUGCACCUCGUGCCUUACCGCGUGGCAGGAGUCCGAUGGCCAAGGCUGCCCCUUCUGCCGCUGUGAGAUAAAAGGAACUGAGCCCAUCAUUGUGGACCCCUUUGAUCCCAGAGACGAAGGCUCCAGGUGCUGCAGCAUCAUUGACCCUUUCAGCAUGCCCAUGCUUGACUUGGAUGACGAUGAUGAUCGAGAGGAGACCUUGAUGAUGAACAGACUGGCAAGUGUUCGAAAGUGCACUGACAGGCAGAACUCACCAGUCACGUCGCCAGGAUCCUCCCCACUUGCCCAGAGAAGAAAGCCUCAGCCAGACCCACUCCAGAUCCCCCACCUCAGCCUGCCCCCAGUACCUCCCCGCCUGGAUCUCAUUCAGAAAGGCAUCGUGCGCUCACCCUGUGGCAGCCCCACAGGCUCCCCAAAGUCUUCGCCAUGCAUGGUCAGAAAACAAGACAAACCGCUGCCAGCACCUCCUCCUCCCCUCAGAGAUCCACCACCUCCGCCAGAGAGGCCUCCCCCAAUCCCACCAGAGAACAGACAGAGCAGACAUUUCCACCAUGGUGAAAGUGUGCCUUCCAGGGACCAGCCAAUGCCUCUUGAAGCCUGGUGCCCUCGGGAAGCCUUUGGAACCAAUCAGGUGAUGGGAUGUCGCAUCCUAGGGGAUGGCUCUCCAAAGCCUGGAGUCACAGCAAACUCCAAUUUAAACGGAAGGCACAGUAGAAUGGCUUCAGACCAGGUCCUUAUGCGGAAGCACAGACGUCAUGAUUUGCCUUCAGAAGGAGCCAAGGUCUUUUCCAAUGGACACCUUACCAGUGAAGAAUAUGAUGUUCCCCCUCGGCUUUCCCCUCCUCCUCCAGCCACUAGUCUUCUGCCUAGCAUAAAGUGUACUGGUCCAUUAGCAAACUGUCUCUCAGAGAAGAGAGACACAGUAGAAGAAGAUGACGAUGAAUACAAGAUUCCUUCAUCCCAUCCUGUUUCCCUGAAUUCACAACCAUCUCAUUGUCAUAAUGUCAAACCUCCUGUUCGGUCUUGUGACAAUGGUCACUGUAUAUUGAAUGGAACUCAUGGUACGCCUUCAGAGAUGAAGAAAUCAAACAUCCCAGAUUUAGGCAUCUACUUGAAGGGUGAAGAUGCUUUUGAUGCCCUUCCCCCAUCCCUCCCUCCACCCCCACCUCCUGCAAGACACAGUCUCAUUGAACAUUCUAAACCUCUAGGCUCCAGUAGCCGGCCUUCCUCAGGACAGGACCUCUUCCUUCUUCCUUCAGAUCCCUUUUUUGACCCAGCAAGUAGCCAAGUUCCAUUGCCUCCUGCCAGAAGAGCGCCAGGAGACAGUGUCAAAUCCAACAGAGCCUCCCAGGACUAUGACCAGCUCCCUUCUUCAUCCGAUGGUUCACAAGCACCAGCUAGACCCCCCAAACCGCGACCCCGCAGGACUGCACCAGAAAUUCAUCACAGAAAGCCCCAUGGGCCCGAAGCAGCGAUGGAAAAUGUCGAUGCAAAAAUUGCAAAACUCAUGGGAGAGGGGUACGCCUUUGAAGAGGUGAAAAGAGCCUUAGAGAUUGCCCAGAAUAAUGUGGAGGUGGCCAGGAGCAUACUUCGCGAAUUUGCCUUCCCUCCUCCUGUCUCCCCACGUCUAAACCUAUAGCAGCCAGAACUGCAAACACCAAAGGGUAAAGCAGUUGACAGAUAUUCCAGGAUUGUGGAACAAAAGGACUGAGAGGGAACGCAGGAGCCACGGCGACUUUUUGCGUGGCAUCUCCACAAGGGCCGCCUGGAGGCCCGCUCCUCUGGAGACCACAGCUCCCUUAGGAUGCCCACGCUGCAGCUUCUGUGUUUGUGCUAGCCAUACUUUUAAAUCAGGGUUGAACUGAUAAAAUAAUUUAAAGACGUUUACUCCCCCUUGAACUUUGAAUCUGUGAAGUGCUUUUCCUUGUUUACAUGUUGGCAGAAUUGCAGUUUGUCUCUGUUUUUUAUUCCUGUACUGUGUUCCUGACGGGCCCUUUGCGGAGUCAGUCAGGUCUGCUGUAAGCCUUUCCAUGCCCACUGGCCGUGCUGCCCACAGCAGCAGCAGAAUCACCUCUGUGUUGCUCUCUAUCCAGGCCCCACCUCAAGUCCCCUGGUCCAGUUCCAUUUCUCCCAUUUACACAGCAUUCCAGUCUGAAGGUUCUGAGUUUUUGGCGUUUGAAAACUAAUGCAGAAUGAAAAAGAAAAUGUGUGUGGUCGUGUCUUCACUACUGAGUCAUUUCUUUGAGAACCAUCACUGUUGAGAGGUGGGAAAAACCUGAAUGUAAAAAAACAUUUAUUUGUCAAUAAACUGCCUUUUGUAAGGGGUUUUUAUAUAAUACAAAAGAGCUUCCCUUGUUAGUUUAAACUCUGUGACCUUUAGUUUUCCAUGCUCUCCCUCUUGCUGACCCAGGAGUGCCAUGAUGCUGUAUAAGUGACUACUGCAGAUGCAGGGAAAACCUGAUUGCACCAGACAGUGCUGUCCUCCGGUGCCCUCGCAUGUAUGCCUGCUUCUCUCCCAGGAGAGCUGAGAAGGGGGCCACCGCCUCACAGUAUGUCAACACACCGGCCUCCUCCUACUGGAAUACAGCCCGUUUUCUAAUUUCCCCACGUUACCCUGGCUCCUCACAGGGCAGGAGCUUCCCAAGGCACCCAUGACUGUUGUCUGCUCCUGUCGGCCAUGUUAUUUGCAAAACUCUUAGUACCAUUUCUCCAGUCAAAUUAGGAUUUCUGUUUGCUCUGUGGGUUUUCUCGUUGAUUGUUCUGUGUUGCCCAGUCCAGUCAGAUGAAACCAUGGUAUGUGUUACUUUUAAUCUAAAAAUAUUUAUUGACUAUCUACAGUGUGCACAAACUCUCACAAUCCAACUCCACUAAUCUCUGUGUGUAUGUUUGGUUGUAAAUGCCUCUAAUCUGAUGCAUGAGGCCUUGAACCUUGGUGCCAGGACUUCAGAACUCUUCAGUAAUUUCAAGUAGGUUUGGUUUUUUUGUUUGUUUGUUUGUUUGUUUGUAAAAUCCUUAGUAGUGGGAAAAAAAUCAAAGCUAUCUCCAUGCAAAAUGCUUGAGCCACAUUUAGAUACUUCCUAAGGAUGGACUUAGUUGUAGGUUUCUGGGUGUUUCUUACCACUCCUUACUCUACACCCACUGUGACACACAGAGAUGCCUCAGAUAAUAAAUUUCUCGUCUUGAGUGAGGAGAACGAGGUAGAACGUCAGGUAGAUCUGAGGGGGUUGGCAUUGUACAGGACUCAUGCACAAAGCCAUGCUUGCCCAGGAGGAGGAUCCAGCUUCUUUCGCCCCAUGGCUUUCAUGAGAUGCAUCAGGACUUGAAAAUCCCUAGUCUCUGCAUAUUUGGGUUUGUCCAGAUGGUCCUAUGUUGCCUCUGCCACUAGAGGGGUGUUUUUUAAUUUCCUUAGAUACUAUUCUUGUGAUGAUGUGUGAAUACAGGUGUUUUUUUUUUUUAAUUUUACAAUUGGCUAUUUGUUGUUUCUGCUCAUAAUUUUUUAUUUGUUUUGUAAGUUCUGAUGUCAUAUUGAUACUGAUACAGUGCUAUGUAUUUUGGGCUAUCAUGUAACUUGCCAACAAUCAGCAUAGCCUAAAACCCAGAAUUGCCCCUUGGUUGUCCUGACAUUGUUAGAACAGCCUCAUUAGAUUAGGGGGUUGAUGGAAAACAGGAACACUGGGACCCACAGCAUAUUCUUAUCCACUUUUAGAUAUCAUAUAAGAAAUUCUCAACAGCAAUUUAAAAACUAAAGUAGUGGUGACAGCAUUUAUUUGGACCUGAAGUUUAGGUUGGGGGUGAUGUUAUUUUCUGGAUCGCACCGAGAUCUCUGAGUUUUCCACUAAGUAGCAGCUGCCAGUUUUGUCAUAAAGGAAAGUGAAUCUAAUCAAUCAUACAUAAGACAGUACAGACAGGAAACACGAAAACUCACAGAAUUUGUUUGUAAAAAUAAUUCAAAUUAUUUUUCAUUAUGAAAGGGACUACUAGCUAAUACUUUGAAAUGUUCCAUACUUUGUUCCCUCUAAUCCAGAAAUGAGAUAUUUCUCCCAAUACUCAAGAUUUGAGCCAGUGUUUAUAAUCAAUACAAUUAAACCAUGGCCAGUUUUAACUCCUACCUGGCAUCCAGUGGUAUCUCCAACUCCAGAGUUCCUUUUUUUUUUUUUCUUUCUUCUUCUUUUCUUGCCUCAUCCCAACUCCCCACCCUCCAUCCCUAACCUCUUGUUAUCUGGUAUAUCACAGCCAAAUUUUCUAGAACCAAAUUCACACAUUUUAAUACUUAACUUGAGCUUGCUUCCACGAUUAGAGUUGUCAGCCCUUUCCUUGCUUUGCCCUUGCCCACAGUGCGAUACAGCCCUGACUACCACCGCCACGGGUCUGUUUGCUAACUCAGUAUUGCACACACCAAGGACACAUAUGCAAAGAUUUCUUCAUAAUGUGAACUUCUUAAUUAUUCAGUUCCGGAAGCAUUUCCUGCGAUUUGAACGUGACUUUGCCUCUUUUCAACUUGAAGCUUUAGUUUGCACUGAAUUAUCUCAUCUGGUUUUAAAAUGUCUCAAAUGGACUGAUUUGGAAGUAAAAUAUGGUAUAUUUUAAAUAUCAAUGCAGGUACUGCCUGUAAACCUGGAAUGUUAGAGCUUCAAGGAAGAUGUUCUGGAGAAAGACAGCAAUAGGACGAAAGGUUUUCUUCCCAGUUCCCAUUUUUAUUGUUUGAAAUGCAUUUUUUAAAACUUGUCUAAUGUGGCAAAAUAGUUAUGUGUUCAAUUAAUUUAUAUUUUAUUCGUUCUUUUUCAAUCCUGGAUAUGUAACCUCAAGUACUUUAUCUGUUCUUUUAAGGUAUUUUAUAAAAUGAAUGUUAACAAACAAAAUGUGUAUGUUCUUUUUCAAGUGAGCACAAAUAUUUCUUUGAGAACAUGUCUCUGGUGUUAUUUUUCUAAAGGAUAUGUAUGUCAGAGAAUUGAAAGUCGGUAUUUCAGGUUACAUGUAAUGAGCACCAUUUUCAAAGAAAGACUGGUUUGGAGAGGUUUACAAAUAAUAAAUGGGCAG